GACCAUACAAUGGCCGUUAUUUUCUCCAUCACAGAUGAUUAUGAUGCCGAGGCCGUUCCGCAUGCUACCUUAAAGGUACUCUUCGGCACAUCGAGAGCUACCGUGUUCCGCAGGGUCUGCAGGCUGCGCAGAGCUACGCACGUCCGACUCUGGCUAACGCCAUAAAUACAGGACCAGAUCCUCAAGCGCCGCUUACUCUCUCUACCAGCUCAACAUUUUCUCUAAUAAACUCUUCUACAAUGAUAAUUCUUGGUUCGAAGAGACAGCAGGAUCAGGCCACGGCACCCGUCCAGCGAGCAUUUGACGAGAUGGACGCGCCUCCCGCAUACACUUCUCUAGGUCGCGCUACCCCCAUACCUGUGGCCAUACCCACUCUCCCGCUGGACCAAACCAACCCAUCUUCCUCCCAUAACCCCUUCUACAUGCCACCAGCAGGCGUCCGCCCAACAAACCACCUCUCCCUCGAGAAAUCCGAUGGACGGAUCGAGGGCUCAUUCUGCAUCGACCCGUCCAUCUCCCUCCCUGCGCACCUCCUUCCACCUCUUCGCGGAGACGAAACAGAAGGCACGCGCCCGAACCUCCGACUUCGAACCAAAGACGGGCGGAUCGAUGCGAGCGUGUAUGUCCAGGGUUCGCCCAUUCAAAACCCUGGCGAAGCGUUGAAGAGCUUUAAGUCGAGACGCAUACGAGUAGACAUGCACACCAAAGACGGUUCCAUCUAUGCUCGGCUUAUUCCCCUAGUUGCUCACAUCCCGUUCACUCUCACUCUCUACACCGCCGACGGGCGAAUCACCCUUCUCCUCCCGCGCAGCUUCCGCGGGCCGCUCGCGCUUACCAUACGCGACGGCAAAGCUAUCCUCUCUCCCGGUGUGCUGGCCAAUGCGGUGCCACUCGGCCACCAGGACCGCACGUCACGAUAUUUUGUCGAUGACGGCGAUAAUAACGGGAAUGGAGACAUCGCGGUAUGGAGCGGUGUCAGCGGGGACGAGGGGUGGACAGGGGAUGAGGUGCGCGCGGAGACUCGCGACGGGAGCGUGUAUGUGCGAUACUUGGACGAGGAGGAGGAGCAGCUGUCGGUAUGGCAGUCGCUCGCACGGAUGAUUGGAGUCUGAGAAGUUUCAGGUGAAUCAUAGGGCGAAAUCGUGCUAACUUUUGUUUUGAUGUAGUCGCCAAGUAGUCGCUGUAGCAUUUACUAAUACCACUCCGGUCUGGAGGUGACGAACAGUGGAGUCGACGAAGAUUUUACUAUAUUUAUCGUCGUCAUGCUGAUCUAUGAGUAUGGUCGACUUCAAGAUGU